AUGUCUGCUGCCCAGCUGAGCACGCCGCGCCAGCUGACCUACUGGAAGCGCUGCCUCAAGACGUACUUGCCCCACCUGUACACGUCCAAUGACUGCAACCGCAUGACCCUGGCCUUCUUCAUCGUCGCCGCCCUCGACCUGCUGGGCGCCGUGCGCGAAUCCUGCACCGAGCAGGAGCGGCAGGACUACAUCGCCUGGGUCUACCGCAACCAGCACCCUGACGGUGGCUUCCGCGCAGCGCCCGCCAUGGACCUGGCCGGCGCGCGCUCCGCAGACAACGGCCACUGGGACCCCGCCAACCUGCCCGCCACCUACUUUGCGCUGCAGACGCUGCUGGUGCUGGGCGACGACCUGCAGCGCGUGAAGCGGCGGGAGUGCCUGCAGUGGCUGCCCCGGCUACAGCGGCCCGACGACGGCAGCUUCGGCGAGACGCUGGGCGAAGGCGGCCGCAUCGAGGGCGGCCACGACACGCGCUUCAUCUACUGCGCCGCCGGCGUGCGCUGGAUCCUGCGCGGCUGCGUCGACGGCGACGUCGACGGCGUGCGAGACAUUGAUGUCGACGCCGUUGUGCGGUGCAUCCGCGCGUCGGAAACAUACGAUGGAGGCAUAUCCGAAGCCGCCUACCACGAAGCCCACGCCGGCUUCACCUACUGUGCCAUCGGUGCGCUAGCUAUGCUCGGUCGGCUCCCGAGUAAUGCAGGCAGCCCUGUUUCGGCCCAUCCCUUGGCUGACCCUGAGCUCACCACGCGGUGGCUUGUGGCACGGCAAACGCUCGCGCUAGACGAGGAAGACGAGGAGCCUGACGUAGCCAAGACGCCGGCCGGUGUCAAGCUGCACGGCCUGCCGAGCCAAACCACGGCCGCAGGCGACCCUGACUUCCUGCAGUGGGCAGGUUUCAACGGCCGCUGCAACAAGAUCGCCGACACCUGCUACGCCUGGUGGGUGUGCGCAUCUCUAUCGAUGCUUGGUAAGGUCCACCUCGUCUCGCAAUCCACUGCCCGCCGCUACCUGCUGGAGAAGACGCAGCACCUGGUCGGCGGUUUUGGUAAGGUGCCCGGCGACCCUCCGGACAUCUACCACUCGUACCUGGGUCUGGCCGCCCUGUCGUUGCUCGGCGAGCCUGCCAUCAAGCCCAUCCGCGCGUCCGCGUGCUUGAGUGAGCACGCCUGCCAGUUCCUAGAAUCGCUGCCGUGGCGUAAACAGAUCACUGGGUAA